CACGGUCCCUUUUAGUCUCAAAGUGAAUAUAUCCCAAGCAGUGCCUCAUUGCUGCUGAACUACACAUUGCUCUGCUUCUUCCUUGUCCAGUCUUCUUCUUCUCCGAUGGAGCCUCCAUAUUUUUAUCUGUUCAAGAAACUCACUAGAACCUUCUUCAUAAUCACUUUGCUAACCACAGUCGUAAGCUCAUUAGAAGUGAAACAGUGCCGUGAAUUCAAAUCGAUCAUCAGUUUCGGAGAUUCCCAUGCCGACACUGGAAACUUGCUUGGCCUCUCAGAUCCUAACAAUCUCCCUCACUUUGCGUUUCCACCGUAUGGAGAGACCUUCUUCCACCAUCCCACCGGUCGUUUCUCAAACGGCCGUGUCAUUAUCGAUUUCAUGGCUGAAUUCUUGGAUUUACCGCUUGUGCCUCCUUUUUAUGGAUCUCAAAAUGCAAACUUUAAGAAGGGUGUUAACUUUGCGGUAGCGGGAGCAACAGCACUGGAACGCUCUUUUCUUGAAGGGAGAGGAAUUCAUUUUCCUUACACCAACAUUAGUCUAGGCGUUCAGCUUAGUAGCUUCAAAGAGAGUUUGCCUAAACUAUGUGGCUCUCCUUCAGACUGCAGAGAUAUGAUAGAAAAUGCUUUGAUUCUCAUGGGAGAAAUUGGAGGGACCGACUAUAAUUACGCAUUCUUAGUUGGCAAAAGCAUUGAAGAGGUCAAGGAGUUGAUUCCCAUGGUUAUUACUGCUAUCUCUUCUUCAAUCACGGAGUUAAUCGGUAUGGGGGGCAGAACAUUUCUGGUGCCCGGAGAUUUCCCACUCGGAUGCUCAGCAAUCUAUUUGACAUCUUAUCAAACAUCAAACAUGGAAGCAUAUGAUCCUUUGACAGGAUGUUUGACAUGGCUGAACAAGUUUGGAGAAAACCACGACGCGCAGCUUCAAGCAGAACUCAACAGACUCCAGAAGUUGUACCCUCAUGUCAACAUCAUAUAUGCUGACUACUACAACGCGCUGUUGCGCAUUUACCAAGAACCAACCAAAUUCGGAUUCAUGAACAGACCCUUGUCCGCUUGCUGUGGCGUAGGAGGACCUUACAAUUUUACCUCAUUUUGGCAAUGUGGGGCUGAUGUAGUUGAAGGUUGCAGUGAUCCUUCAAAGUAUGUGACUUGGGACGGUGUUCAUAUGACUGAGGCUGCGUACAGCUUGAUUUCUGAAGGUAUACUAAAGGGACCCUAUGCGGCUCCUCCUUUUGAUUGGUCUUGCCUCAGCUCGGAAAUUAAGGACAAUGGACCAUCUGAAAAAAGAAUCGUUUGAUAAACAAUGGACCGUCUGAUAUAAGUUGGUCAAAAAUUUGAGAGAAGGAUACUGAUAAUACCAUCUAUGUUCUUCAGUGCUUAUCUUGGAUCAUGUUCAUGCAUUUGUAUUAAUUUGACAAUUUGUAUUGUUGCUAUGUUAGAUAAACUAUGAUAUAUA